AUGUCGUCCUUCCUCGAGCGGCAGCAGGCCGCCUUCAGCGGCUCUCUCGCCUCGGCCGCAUCCAAGAUCUCCGGCGGCGCAAAGCGACCUCUCGCGCCUCCCUCGCCAUCUCCCUCCGUCGCAUCGACGACGUCUGCAGCUCCCGGCGCCUCGGGCAGCACGCCGACCAAGAACAACAAGAGCAAGCGGCCCGAUGGCGCGACCAUCUACUCGCAGCCGGAGAACACGGGCGUGGGCACGGAGCUGGGCACCAACAUGCUGUACGCCGUGCAGAACCUCAAGGAGAAGGACCGCCCCCUGACGCUGGCCGAGAUCGUCGACAACCUGAGCGUCUCGCGCCGCGAGGAGGCCUACCACAUGGCCCUCGUCGACCGCCUGCGCAACAACCCGCGCAUCCAGUGGGUCCCCGACCCCAAGCUUAGCGAGCAGACCUGGAAGUCGGGCACUUAUGUCCAUCGGCCUAUCAUCCCCAACGUCAAGAACAAGGUCCAGCUGCUGGGCUUCUUGCAAAAGAAGAAGGACGCCAACGGCGUGGCCGUCAAGGACCUCAAGGACGGCUGGCCGAGCUGCGAGGACGCCAUAGGCGAGCUAGAGCGCGAGCACAAGAUCCUGGUGGUACGGACGAAGAAGGACAACCACCCCCGCAUGGUGUGGAUUGACGACGCCUCGCUCUGGCACCCCGUCGACCCGGAGUUCCAGAACAUGUGGCACAAGGUGGAGGUGCCGAGCCUCGACGACAUCGUCCGCCGUCUCAGCCAGGUUGGGCAGAAGCCCACGAGCGAAGACCCGCGCCUCAAGAAGAUUGCUGCCCCCAAGGUGGAGAAGAAGAAGAAGCGCGCCGUGCGCCGCAGCGGGAAGACGACCAACACCCACAUGGAGCACCUCCUCAAGGACUUUGCGAAUCACAAAUGA